AUGUUCGCUGCUCGCACCACACACGCCUCGCCAGCCCGUCUGGCGAGCGUCCUCCGCAGCAGCACCGCCCACAAGGCUGGUGGUUCGCUUCGCGCCACCUCGUCUGCUUCCGUGGCAUCAGCAGCUUCGCUCUCCACAUUGGCUUCUCGCAGCUGUCUUGCAAAUGCCCGAGCAAGCUGCUUCGCAAGCUCCUCCGUCAUUGGGCGCGCCUUUUCGACAACGUCAGUCGCUCAAAGAGCCACGCCCAUCGAAGAGGGUGAUGGCGAGCCUUUCGACCUCACCACCGUCGAGCGAGUUUCUGACGAGGUCGACGUGAUCAUCGUUGGAGGUGGUCCAGCGGGUCUCAGUGCCGCCAUCAAGAUCAAGCAGCUAGCCGAAGAGCGUGGCGAGGAGAUCCGUGUCGUCGUGCUUGAAAAGGGCCCUGAAGUUGGCAACCACAUCCUCUCGGGUGCUGUCAUCCAGACCAAUGCCCUCGAUGAGCUCUUGCCAGACUGGAAGGAACUCGGUGCUCCUCUCAAUCAGCCUGCGCUCGAAGAUCACAUGCGCUUCCUUACACCUACCGGAUCGUUUCCCAUGCCGCAUCCACCGCAAAUGUCCAACAAGGGCAACUACAUUGUCUCGCUCUCGCGCGUCGUCUCAUGGUUGGGUGAGCAGGCCGAAGCUGCGGGUGUCGAAAUCUAUCCCGGUUUCGCUGCCGCACAGCCACUGUGGCAGAUGGAUGAAAACGGUAAGCCCAUCGGCAUCAAGGGUGUCAUCACCAACGAGAUUGGACUCGACAAGUCACGCAAGCCCAAGGACUCGUUCGAACCAGGCAUGGAGUUCCACGCGCCGAUCACGCUUUUCGCCGAAGGUGCGCACGGUUCCAUGACACAAAAGAUGAUCAAGCAACUCGGACUUCGUGACGCCGUUGGCGCUGAUCCACAGACUUAUGGCCUCGGUGUCAAGGAAGUCUGGCGAGUCAAGCCCGAGAAGCACCAGGCCGGUCUGGUGACCCACACCAUGGGCUGGCCGCUGGACACGAGCACGUAUGGAGGUAGCUGGACGUACCACAUGGAGGACAAUAUGGUCUCGAUUGGUCUCGUCGUCGGUCUGGAUUACAAGAACCCUUACCUCAGCCCCUUCCGUGAAUUCCAAAAGAUGAAGCACCAUCCCUUCUUCAAAGAUCUCCUUGAGGGUGGCGAGUGCCUUGCUUAUGGCGCCAGGACGCUCAACGAGGGUGGCUACCAGUCAAUUCCCAAGCUUCACUUCCCUGGUGGUGCCUUGGUGGGUUGUGCUGCCGGAUUCCUCAACGUACCCAAGAUCAAGGGCACGCACAACGCCAUGAAGUCUGGCAUGGUCGCUGCUGAGGCUGUCGUCGAAGCGCUUGCCAAACGAGCUGAGUCAGGCUCCGAAGACACGAUUGACCUUGCCGGCUACAAGACGAGGCUCGACGAUACGUACGUCAUGAAGGAGCUGUACGAGGUGCGCAAUCUGCGGCCUUCGUUCCACGGUCCACUCGGCUUCUGGGGUGGUCUGGCCUACUCUGGUCUUGACUCGAUGAUCCUCAAGGGUCGUGUACCUUGGACCUUCCACCACCCUGGUGAGGACCACGCCCAGACCAAGCCUGCCUCCGAAUGCGAGCCGAUCGAAUACCCCAAGCCGGACGGCAAGCUUUCCUUCGAUAUUUUGACCUCGGUCUCGAGGACCGGUACGAAUCACGCUGAGGACCAGCCUGUCCACCUCGUGGUAAAAGAGGGAGACUACAAGGGUCAUGUUGAGCGCAAUGUCGGCACUUUCGAAGGGCCCUUGGGCCGUUGCUGCCCCGCUGGCGUGUAUGAGUACGUGGAAGCUGACACUCCCGAUCAGGAGGAUGCAUUGGGUAAGAAGCUCGUGAUUAACAGUCAGAACUGCAUCCACUGCUACACGUGCUCGAUCAAGACGCCUGACCAGAGCAUUCGUUGGGACGUGCCUGAGGGUGGUGGAGGACCCAAGUACUCUUUGACCUAG